AGUUUGCCGGUCAAAAAGUGAAUCUCCAUAAAUCUUCCAUGUUCUUGAGCAAAAAUUGUUCAGUUGACUUGAAAGAGAAGAUUUGUUCUAUUUUAUCAGGGGUAAUUGUGAAGAGGUCUUCAAGGUAUUUAGGGCUCCCCCUGGGGAUUGGGGCAUCAAAGAUUGAAGCUUUUCAGUUUGUGGUGGAGGCUGUCAGGAGUAGAAUUAGCAGUUGGAAGAAUCAGUUUUUGUCUACUGCUGGGAAAGAUAUUUUGAUCAAGGCAGUAUUGAAUGCACUGCCAAUUUUUGUAAU